AAUUGAAGUUAUAGUAAUGUCAGACGCCGAGUCAGUGACUAGCGAAUCGACGCUAGAACCGUUUCAAUUUGAGAAAGUCUUGGAAAGUUUGGAAUCAGGAGCUCGAGAAGCCAUUGAGUCACAAGACUUUAUUUCGUAUAGUACACUCCUUGACAUUUACCUUAGUGACCCUACUAAGUAUACUUAUGAUGAAAGAGAACAGUUAUUGAAUCAUUUAUUGACGAUUCUUACUGAACACAAGCAAUUAACUUACGAGAUAGGAUGGGAUUUACCCAAUCUAUUGAUUCUUUAUGUGGAAUCCGACUUUCAAUUCCAUGAUCCAAUUAGGACUGCUCCCUGUGUAUACAAGAUCCUAAAGAACUUUGAAGCUUUAGCAUUGAACGGGAAUCCUAAGGAAUUGUUUCUUAAAUGUUGUGAACUUUUAACCACUGUACAAUUGGAAGAUGUCACUAUUACUGAUGAUAUUAGUAUUCAAGAACGAUUUUAUGAUGUUAAAUUAUAUUGUAUCUUUGAAUUAAUUGAUAGUUGUCUUAAAAGAAUUAAAACAUAUUAUCCAUCACGAUUUCUUGCUAUGACGGUGGCUGCGUAUAUCAAUUCCGCCUAUAAAAAUGCCACUAAUCUGGCAAGUAAUACUGAAUUUAUUAUGAAGAGAGCCUAUAAUUUUGCUAGAAAUUAUGCUAGUCCUCCAUUACCAGAAAAUGAUGGUACCUUAACCACUGAUGAGAUUAAAAAGAUUUCCGCUGAUGAACUGUACUUACAGAGGAAACUCUUGACGGGGUUCCUUACUAGUUUGGUAUAUUUUGUGUCGGUAAAUCAUCAAUAUGGUUAUGCUGUUGAUCAUUUCUCAUUCUUACAAGAACCUCAUCGAUCAUCAUUAAAGAAAUAUUUUGAGUAUGAAGUAGAAAGUCCUGUAUUGGAUCGAAUUGCCGAGUUGGCAUUGUCAUAUGACAUUGAAUUGGAUCAAGACUUUAAGCAAUACAUUAAAGAAGCUCAUGAACUUGUAGAUGAAUUCAAAUUCGAUGGUACCGAUCAUGAUGAUGAUAUUAGUGGAGACCUCUUUGAGAAAGUGGUGAUUGAUUAUCAAAAAAAUUCUCUUACUACCAUUAUUACUAGUGAUGCUAAGAAUAUUAAUGAUUCCAUAUUAGGAGAUAUUCUUAUAUAUACUCAUCAAAUUGCCGUUAAAAGAACAUUUGAUAGAGUAUCUAUAACUUUCAGUGAUGCAUUGGUAUUAACCUUAAGAACCAUCAUUCCUCAAAUGGUUCAAAAAUCAUUUAUGGCUACUGGAGUUCAAGAUGCCGUUGUAUUCUGGAGUUGGUACUCAUUAUAUGAUGCUAAAGAUAUUGAAGUGGCCAUUGCUACCGUACCCAAGACUUUACUCAUGAUCUAUUAUCAAGCGUUACUCUUUAUCAUCAUCAGUAGUGUUGAAGCUCCUAAUUUCCGAUACGUAGUAUUGACAUUACUCACUAAAAUCUUGGCCUUAUCACCAGAAUCUACGGCUUAUGCAUUCUUAAAGGAUAGUUUAAUUAAUUGUCCUUAUGAAAGAGAUAAAGCCACAUUGAUUGGAGUAUUAAAGGAAUUAUUAACUCAACAUAAACAAUCUCGAUCCGUUGAUAGUUUACUGGAUCAACUUGCAAGUACCACCAUUGACGAAGAGGAUGAAACUAAACCAGAAGUACCUCCUCCUUUACCUAAUCGAAGUAUACCGGAAGUAGCCUCAGCCAAAUACAUUCAACUCACUUUGGAUAAGUUUAAUGACUUGACAGAAUUAAUCAAUAAGGCCGUCGAAGAUGUAUUUGUUAAACAAGACUCGGAAGUUAGUAUUGAUCCUCGGAAACUCUCGACUUUAUCGGCAUACCUUAAUCUUUUGGUGGUGAUUAAGAAUGAUGUGGUGGUAUUGGCCAAUAAGAAGGAGAUCGAUGCCAUUGUGGCUGCUGUCAAGGUGAAUCUUGAAGCCAUCAAGCGUAAACACGAUCAAACCCCGAACUCGAAUGUCUACGAAUUAAAUGCCGUAGGUAUGUUGGAAAUUACACUCGAUAGAAUUGCCUAGUUAGUCUACAUAGCGAUAUACUAUACUAUAUGAUAUUA